CCCCCUCUUCAUGAAGCCCAGCUUGAGGAACAGCAGAUCAGCCUGUAAGCGACACCAGUCUAAUUAAUUAAUGACUCCCUUGCGUCAGCUCCGUGGCUGCUGGGUUAGAAAGGAAGGCAGUAAAAGAAGGGCCAGGACAGCAUGCGACUGCUGCUGGUAAAUGCUGAACGCUGCUGAGAGCUGGCUGGGUUAUACAUAACCUCCCCUGCUUUGGGCUGCGGCACAGAAGUCGGAGAUACACUGGGAGGAGAAGAUGGCGUGGGAUCCACCCUUGCAGCAUCCUCUCUCCUGGGUGAGGUCUUCCUCCCUCCUUUUGUCCUGCUCGAGAGCUGCCAUGGCACAGUUAAUCGAGGCCACCACAGAACCCCCCAAAAAGAAACCGGACCCUGUCACUUCAGAGACGGUGGUGAUCUGGGGGCUGCGCCUCUGGCAGGUGAUUGGUAUCUUUGCCAUCUUUGUCCUGGCAGUCAUUAUCACACUGUGCUGCAUCUUCAAGUGUCGGAUUCCCCGGACGAAGAAAGAGAUUGAGGCACGAUAUGCUCAACGGCAAGCAGCCAAGACAUAUGCAGACAAACUGGAGACUGUUCCACCACUCAACGAGCUGACCGAGAUCCCUGGAGGUCAGCCUGCAGAAGAAAAAAAAGAAGAAGUCUCCACUGUAUCUGGAAAAGUGGACAAGGCUCAGGGCAAGAAAGAUGGGUCCAAAGACUCCAAGAAGAAGGAUGGUGAAAAGGACCAGAAAGAAGGAUCCGAGAAAGAAGGGAAGGAUGGAACCAAAAAGAAAGAAGGAGAAAAGGGAGAAAAAGGGGAAAAGGGAGAGAAGGGAGAAAAGGGGGGAAAGGACACUGCUGACAAGAAAGGCGGUGGGAAGAAAGGUGAAAAAGAAUGUGAAGAAGUAAAAUCAGGCACCAAAACUAAUGGCAAGGCUGGUGGGAAUGCCAAAGGUCCAGCAAAGAAGAAGUGACCUUGCUAAAUGACAGUGCUGGCAGUCUUUCAGGGAGGGCCCUGUCAAACUGCCAUGGGUAGAGCACUGGGAGCAGAUAGGACAUGCUGUCUCCAUAUACUCAGGCUGUUGAGUGCCACUGGAUGUAUGGAUUUAUUACCUUUCGAAGACCAUCACUGGGGUUUUUUGUCCACCAGAGGAAAUCCUGGGCAUUUCUCUAGACAGUAUCUUGUAAAUAAAACCCACUGUGCAGAGCUACAUGAUAACAACAACCGGAGCUAUCCUGGAGUGAGAAUCAGGACUUUGGAUAAACAUGGAAAUGCACAAGGGAGAAGAUCUAAACUAAUGGGAGGACAUGAUUAAUUUAAAAUUUGUUCUUCUUGAGGACCUUAAAGAGUUUGGUAAAUAAUAG